UGUCCUGGGGACGAUACUUGAUGCCCGUGAUUCACAGGACUUGUAAAGAACAUUGCAGGUAGCAGGAGUGACGUUCAGUCGACGAACCAGCAGAAACUACCCGCAGAGAAGAUGGCCGGAUACUGGACAGUGUGGGCAGCUGCUUUGUACAUCGGUAUGGCCACUGGUCAGACAAUAACUAUGACACAAUGUAAUACUAAGUAUGAAUUUAGCCGUUCCAAUAGCUACUUCCAGGAUAAGAAGAUCGAGAAAACCAUAAGACGACGUGGCAAUGCGAAUAGUCUGAUGGAGUGUUUGUUGUUCUGCAACCGGUUCAGUGUCAAUAACUUCUUCUACAACCAGGCCACCCAGGACUGUAUCUGCCCCCUGGGUUACCCUAGGGAAGAGACAGCCGCACCUGGUUAUAUGUAUUACAGCACACCAGGUCUGAUUCGAAAGUGGAUGACAGAGGCGAUCAACGCUUCUUCACAAGACAUUGGGUAUCCAUUAAGCAAUGUCAUUGGAGAUUCUUACUCUGUCUGGAAGCCAAGGUCGGACGAUGCAGCUCCGUGGAUUGAGGUUGGGAUAGAUACUUUCCUUUACUUUGCUGAGGUUUACAUCUACCCAGACAUCUCUACCUUAACGAAGGACAUCUGGUUUCGGGACUCCAACAGGAACUGGAUGGUGACAUGGACGAGGAACGACGAGGCAUCCAUUGUGGGAAACUCCUUCUUUCCACACUGUAAAAUGCUGACGGUCCCCACAGACGCAAUCAGAAUCACAAUGGACAAACACAGCAGUGUUCAAGUCGCAUUCAUUGCUGUUCAGGGUCGUGUGUAAAUUCAUUUAAAUACAAGACCAUCAUUGUUAAAAACAGCCUCUGACCACA